ACUAUUUAGUCUGUGACCAGAACUUAAAGUGUAGACAGUGUGAAUGUUAGCCCGUUGCUGUUUGGACUUGAUUAUUUGCUUAAUUAUUACGUGUUGUGAUUUUAUGACUACUGCAAUGUUAUAAAUUCUAAAAUAAAUAAUGAUAAUAUAAAUAAAUAAAAAACAUUUCGUCGACGUCUCUCUACAAGUCUUCUCGUCUUCUCUUUGGUCUUCAAAAGGAAAAUCUUCAAGAAGUUGUUCACGAUUAAAAUUUAAAAAUGGAAUAUUUUGAUAAUACAUCUGAGAGAGACAGUCAGAAUUUUUUACCAGCCCAGUUUAGAGAAAAAAAUGAAGGUAUCGUGAACGAUAGACCAAAAUUUAAAGAACCAUUCUGGAUUUUCGGAUAUGGUUCUCUCUGCUGGAAUCCUGGCUUUGAAUAUCAGCAAUCAGUAACUGGAUAUGUAAAAGGAUUUUCGAGAAGAUUUUGGCAAGGAAAUACUACACACCGUGGUACAGAUUCAAAGCCUGGACGAGUUGCAACGUUAGUUGAAGAUAGAGAGGGUGUCACUUGGGGCAAAGCAUUUCUUGUAGCAGCGGAUGACCAUACCGCUCUACCAUACCUCACCAAUAGAGAAUGUCAGUUGGGAGGCUACAGAACCUACACGGUACACUUUCAUCCGAAGUCCCUGUACUUUCCAACAAACCACCCACAUAGUUCAAAUCACCUAAAUAGUUCAAGUUUCCCACAUAGUGCAAGCCAGAAAGACGCUGUUCUUUAUAUAGCAGUGCCGGAGAACCGACACUGGCUUGGCGCAGCUCCUCUUCCAGACAUAGCUAAACAAAUCUUAGAGUGCCGAGGUGCUUCCGGGUCUAAUGUUGAAUACCUCUUACGUCUAGCUGAUUUCAUGAGAGAAGAGGUACCUGAAGCGCUAGAUGAACAUCUUUUCUCCUUAGAAAGAUUAGUUAGGAAAUUCGCCUGUGAUAUGAAGAUAUGCCUUCAGACUCUUAUGUUUGAUAAUAGAGUAGGCCCAAGUCAAGAGAAAGAAGAACCAAGUCAGGAAGAAGAAAAGGUUUCAAGUUUCCAAUUCGCUUCUAGAAUUCCUGAUAAGAAAUUGCGUUGUGUCAACAUGUGAUUUUGUUUGAUUUAAUGUUUGAACGUGGUGUAAUGAUAAGUAUUUUUUGCUGAUGCUCGAAGUGCUGGUUGCUCGUAGCAUAUAAAUUUUAAAUAGUAAAUUUUCCUACUUUUUCUGAAAGAACCACUUCUCCACGUUAUAUCAAACGUCAAUUUGUCUUUAGUUAACUUAGCAUUUCUUAUCUCGGCUUCUAGAUGUUUUUGGGAUUUUGAAGGCAUUGUAAAUGUGACAAUUAGAACGAAUAUUAUGACUAAGUUUUAAUUAUGUACCAAAUCAAAAUAUAGUUUAAUCAAAUCAACAUAACGACAUUAGUGUAAGUUUUAAGGUAGAAAAGAUCCCACGCAAUGUAUAAUAAACUCAAAUUAUUAGCGUGUGUUGCGACCAUGUUUUCUUUUAAAUUGUUUUAGUUGAGCAUAGCUCUGUCAUCAUAAGUUUCAUAAUAUUCAUUGUUCCUAGCAAUAGUUUGAUAAUAACGUUUGACAUAUGACAUGACAAUAUCAAAUAAAAAUACUUUUUCAUAGAGCAAUAAUCAAUUUAUGAUUCAAUUGUUUAAACAACAAUAAGGUACCUAAUAUAUUUUCUACUGUUUAUAUGUGACAUCUUUUGUGUAAUAGAAAAUUAUUACACAUAAUUUCAAUUAAUAAAAAUUAAUAAUCUUGACUCGUUGGACAAAUGACCGAACACUUUUUAUUAUAUGGAAACUUGGACAUAAAAUUUAGUUAUUUUUUGUAUGCCAAAAUAUUAAGUAUUAUGUUAGAAUAGAAAUUUUGUGUUAAUUAUUAAAAUAUGGUUUGUUAUUUAUAAAGAGAUUAUAGUAAUUGGCUAUUGUAUUAACUAGCUGAAAGCUGAACUUAAUCUUAAGAUUUUGCUAAUUCAACCAAUUACAAACCAAACAAAGUUCUUGACUCUAGGGAGCAUUUAAAUAAGAAUGGGAAAUGUUGCCUAUAUAGCUUAUGCAGCUGUUAAUCUAUUAUUUCUCAAAAGUUUGCAUAAUGUGUGAAAUGAUAUGGUAUCAAUGUUUUCUGGUUUUCGUACUAAAUUUAAUCAAAAGUCAUUCAGACUAUUAAUUAACACAAUAGUCAAAUAAAAAAUAAAGUAAUUCUAUGUCCCUUCGUAAAAAAAGUUAUGUAAAAAUUAAUUAAUUAUAAAUUUUAUAUUACAACAUUACAAACAAUAUGUCAUAAGAAUAAUAUGUAUAGUUAUGCAGUGCUAAGCGCUUUGAAUAUGCUUGACUUUAUCUUUUUAUUUUUGGUUCCUCAUUAUUAAAACUUGUGAUAACUAAUAUUUGUAACAAAGGAAUGUAUUUUUAUAUUGUAAUUUAAGUGUAAUAACUGUGUAAUGUUUUUGUUUUUUAUCUGUAAUGCGAGGUCAAUAUAAUAAUUUGUGAUUAACUCGAUUCAAAUUUAUU